UCUCUCUCUCUCUCUCUCUCUCUCCCCCCCUUAGGUUGGCUCGGACGCAACCACUGUCAGCUCCUCCCCCUCCUUCCCCGUCUUCACCCUUCCUGACUUUCACUCCCUUCCCCUCGCCCUUUGGUUACGUCAGGCGGACACGCCGAUGAGCCAAUCACGGCGUUGUGUUUAGAGGCCGGCAAGCGGAACCGGUCGGAUUGGACCAAUAGGAGCCCUCGGAUCCGGCGCGCCCCAACCGGGCAGGGGAGCCGGGGCCGAGUGGGCGGUGCUUCCCCGUCAGCAUGUGGGCGGGGACCAGCAGCCGCAGAGGCGUCGACGACGGCGGCAGCGACGACGACGUUCCUCAGUCUUCGGGGACGCGGCCGCGGCGGCUGCGAGGCCGCGGGAGGCCGCGGAGGAUGGAGGAGCGGAAGGAGGAGGGCGAGGCCGAGAUACAGGAGCACGGGCCCGAGCACUGGUUCUCCAAGUGGGAGCGGCAGUGUCUGGCCGAGGCCGAGCAGGACGAGCAGUUGCCCCCUGAGCUGCAGGAGGAGGCGGCGGCCGCCGCGCAGCCCGAGCACAAGCAGCAGAAGCUGUGGCACCUCUUCCAGAACUCGGCCACCGCCGUGGCCCAGCUCUACAAAGACCGAGUGUGUCAGCAGCCAGGACUUUCUCUGUGGGUUCCCUUCCAGAACGCAGCCACUGCCGUCACCAACCUUUACAAAGGGUGUGGUCUUCAGAGAACAAGAAUGCAGCUGUAGGAAUAAUUGGGCACCUUAAAUAGAACCAAUAAAAUUAGCAAGG